AUGGAUGAAGUUUUAGCCCCCUUUUUCCACUCUAGGCAGAUUGGAGGAUUUGUUGCUGGCAUUUCGGUAUCGGCUGACAACAUAUUUAAAAAAGGAAUGAGUGCAGUGACCGUGUCUGGCCGUGUCAGACCUGCUCUCAAGAAAUUUGAACCUGUAAAGAAGAGACCAUUGGAGGCUGAUCUGAUUGAAGUUGUUGGCAAGAAAACAAAGCCACUCUGGCAUAUCGUUGCUAUGGAACCGGUUGUUGACCCUUUGCUCAGGUAU